CUUCUUCUUCCGCCUUACUUUCAAAUUAUUGGAUCAAAUCCCUUCGAAUUAGGGUUUCGUUUUCGUUCUGAGAAAACAAAUCUUCAUUCUUACUUCAUAGGGUUUCAAAUUAUCGGAUCGAAUCUUUCGAGUUAGGGUUUCGUUUUUUUCCUGAAGAAAAUUCUCCGUUCUUUAAAGAAACAACUAUGUACAACGGAAUCGGAUUGCAAACCGCUCGUGGUUCCGGUACGAACGGUUACAUUCAGAGCAAUAAGUUCUUUGUAAAGCCUAGGACAAAUAAGGUGUUGACGGGGAACAGCGGCGGCUAUGAGGCUGGACAGGGUAUAGCCGGCGUAACUAGGAAACCUAACAAAGAUAUCCUCGAGCAUGAUCGUAAGCGCCAGAUCCAGCUUAAACUUGUUGUUCUUGAAGAUAAGCUCGUAGAUCAGGGAUAUACCGAUGAUGAAAUCGCUGAAAAGCUAGAUGAAGCUCGUAGAACUUUGGAGGCUGCUUUGGCGUCAGAGGAUGCCGGUGGUGCCACAGCAGUUGUGAUGCACUCUGAUCAGAAGGUUUCAGACACUCAGACUCAUCAAGUUGCAGCACGUAAGCAGAAGCAAAUGGAAGCUUUAAAGAAUGCUCUUGGAAUAGUUCAUGAGGAUGAAAGGAAGGAGAAGUAUGCACUUGUUUCUGAUGAUGAAAAAAGCAACGAUGAUGAUGAAGCCAAAAAUAACGAUGGCAAAUUUGAAAAAGAUAUCAAAGUUGGUAAACAUGGGAUUGAUGAACUCAAAAAUUACAAGAAAAAAACAAGCAAAAAAAGAGAGGUUUCUUCAGAUAGUGAGAGUGACACCAAUACUAAUAGCAGUGAAGAAGAACCUGUGAAAGUGAGUGGGAAGAAACAUCAGAAAAGUAAGCCAAGAGUUGACUCUGAAUCUGAAUCUGAAUCUGAAUCUGAAUCUGAUGUUGAUGUAAGAAAAAGCAAGAGGAAAUCAUCAAGUAAUAAGCAUAAGAAAGAUAGAAAACAUGAAGAUUCAGAUUCUGAUGAACUCCCAAAUUUUAAAAGUGAAAAGGGCAAGCAACUUUAUUCCAAGAGCAGGCGGCAUGAUUCAGAUGAUGAUGAUGAUGACUCUGAAUAUGAAGAAAGACAAAGGGAGGAGAAGAGGAAAGAAAGGAAGAUAGAAAAAGACGUUUCUACCCCUAUUAAUGAUAGGUGGGAUGGAGGUGGUAGCAAGCAUGAUGAUAGAGAAAGGAGAUAUGAGAGGGUGGGAAGAAGGCGUCAUGACAGUGAUGACGAGGCGUCUGAUAAAGACAUAAAACACCACAAGAAAGAGGUAGUUGAGAGGGGUGGAAAAAGAAGGAAUCAUGAUGUUGAAGAUGUAAGGGGGAAAAAAGAGAGAGUUGAAAGUGGUGGAAGGAGGAGGCAUGAUAGCGAUGAUGAGGAUUAUGAAAGUAAAAAGACUAAAUUACCCCUGGUUAAGAAUGUAGUGAAGAAGAAGAGUAGUGAUGAUGAAGAUGAAGAUGAUGAUAAAGAUAGGCGGGGUGUAAAGCACAAAAGAGAUGAAGAAGAUGAGGAAAAGGGUAAGGGUAGGGGGCGUCAUUAUUCAAAGUAUAGCAGAGAGAAUGAAGAAAGGGAAGUUGAAAGGAGGGGCGGAAGAAGGGAUCAUGAUGUUGAAGAAGAUGUAAGAGGGAAAAAACAGAGAGUUGAAAGUGGUGGUGGAAGAAGGCAGCAUGAUGAUGUUAAAGAAGAUGUAAAGGGCAAAAAAGAGAAAGUUGAAAUUGGUGGAAGAAGGAUGCAUGGUAGUGAUGAUGAUUCUGACAUAGAUGUGAGACGUACAAGUACAAGAGAGAAAGUUGAAAGGGGUAGAAGAAGACAUGAUGAUGAUGAUGAUGAACCUAUGAUGAAGAUGAUGCCAAAUAAGGAUGAAGAAAAACAUAAGAGUAAGGCUAGUGAUGAUGAGGAUGAAGAUGAAGAGAAGAGGCGAGGUGUAAAGCACAAAAGAGGAAGGGAAGAAGAUGAGGAGGAAAAGGGUAGGGAGCGUCAUUAUUCAAAAUAUAGCAGAGAGCGUGAAGAAGAAGAAGAAGAGUAUAGAAGCAGGAGAGGGGCACUGAUCGAUUGUGAGGUUGCUUGUAGUUGUAAUGAAUUUACAUGAUGGUUGCUUGGAUGUAUUAAUGCAUGACAGAUAUUGUAAUGUGUGAGUGAGUGAGUGAGUUUCAAACACUUGGCUUCCUUUCUGCACUAAAGAUUUAUCAGAGUCUUAAAGCUUUUGUUUUAUUCAGUUUAUGUAAUAUGUAAUGAUGAUACCUACCAUAGGCC